AUGGCGGAUAACGACGCUCCCGUUACCCUGCGAACUCGCAAGUUCAUCCGCAACCCCCUGCUUGGCCGCAAGCAGAUGGUGGUUGACAUCCUCCACCCCGGCCGUGCCAACAUCUCCAAGGCUGAGCUCAGCGAGAAGCUCGGCAGCCUGUACAAGGCCCAGAAGGAGCAGGUCCAGGUCUUUGGCCUGCGCACCCACUUCGGUGGCGGCAAGACCACCGGCUUCGCCCUCAUCUACGACUCCCCCGAGGCCCUGAAGAAGUUCGAGCCCAAGUACCGCCUGAUCCGUGUCGGACUCGCCACCAAGCCCGAGCGUGCCAGCAGACAACAGCGCAAGCAGCGCAAGAACCGACAGAAGACCCUGCGCGGAACCGCAAAGGUCAAGGGUGCCAAGGCGAAGAAGGAGAAAUAA